GAGCCACCGUACCGAGACACAUUGGAGCUGGAAUACAGUCACUUAGGACUCGAUUAUGUUUAGAUUUAUGUUUAUUUUAUCAAAGACAAGGUUAUUUAUUUUCCAGCGUGAGGUCUACAGUUAUAUUUAUUAAUGAUGUCACGUCAGCGUUUCGUCUUAUUAGGUAGCUAGAUAGCCACAUAUUUAUUAUUGCGCUGCCAACCCUUGUUCCUUUCCUGUGUCAAUGAUUCUCCUACCCUCACUCUUAUGGCGGAGACUAAAAUAAUAUAUCACAUUGACGAGGAGGAGACUCCUUAUCUAGUAAAAUUAUCCGUUUCUCCUGAGAAAGUCACUUUAGCGGAUUUUAAAAAUGUCCUCAACAAUCGUCCGGUCAAUAGCUACAAAUUCUUCUUCAAAUCCAUGGACCAGGAUUUUGGGGUUGUCAAAGAGGAGAUUUCCGAUGACAACGCCAAGUUGCCCUGCUUCAACGGGAGAGUGGUGUCCUGGCUCGUCCUGGCAGAGAGCUCUCACUCUGAUGGGGGGUCCCAGUGUACAGAGAGCCACCCAGAGCUGCCACCCCCCCUGGAGAGGACAGGGGGCAUCGGUGACUCCCGCCCACCCUCCUUCCAUGCCAACGCGGUGAGCAGUCGGGAUGGCCUGGACACAGAGACGGGCACAGAGUCCCUCCUGAGCCACCGUAGGGAGAGAGAGAGAGAACGUGCCCGGAGGAGAGCACGAGAGACUGAAAUCCCUCGAAUCAACGGCCACUCUAAGUCGGAGCGCACAGCAAGGGACUCCGCCAUGGGCUACAACAGUGCCUCAGUAAUGAGCAGUGAGCUAGAGUCCAGCUCCUUCGUCGACAGUGAGGAAGAUGAGGACGCUAGCAGACUCAGCAGCUCCACAGAGCAGAGCUCGUCCUCUCAGCUGAUGCGCAGACACAAACGCCGCAGACGGAGGCACAAAGUGGCCAAAAUAGACAGGUCUUCGUCUUUCAGCAGCAUCACCGAUUCCACAAUGAGUCUCAACAUCAUCACUGUCACACUCAACAUGGAGAAGUAUAACUUCCUGGGUAUCAGUAUCGUGGGGCAGAGUAACGACCGGGGGGACGGGGGGAUCUACAUCGGCUCCAUCAUGAAGGGAGGAGCUGUGGCUGCAGACGGCAGGAUAGAACCUGGGGACAUGCUCCUACAGGUGAACGAUGUGAACUUUGAGAACAUGAGCAACGAUGACGCUGUGAGGAUCCUGAGAGAGAUUGUCUCCAAAACAGGUCCUAUUAGUCUUACUGUGGCCAAGUGUUGGGACCCGUCUCCGCGAAGCUACUUCACCAUCCCCCGGGGUAAGACACUCACCGAUGUUCCACCAACAACAGCUGAACCAGUGAGGCCCAUCGACCCUGCUGCCUGGAUCUCCCACACAACUGCCCUGACCGGACCCUAUCCACACUACGAAUUUGACGACUUGCCGCUAUCUGCGAGUAAGACGGACAUAUCAACCAUCGUCAAGGUGAUGCAGCUGCCUGACUCUGGUCUGGAGAUCCGGGACAGGAUGUGGUUGAAGAUCACCAUUGGCAACGCUGUCAUCGGUGCUGACGUGGUGGACUGGCUCUACUCCAGGGUGGAGGGCUUCAAGGACAGGAGAGAUGCCAGGAAGUAUGCCAGCAGUCUGCUGAAACAUGGCUACCUGAGACACACCGUCAACAAGAUCACCUUCUCAGAGCAAUGCUACUACACCUUUGGAGACCUCUGCCAAAACAUGGCGUCUCUCAACCUGAACGAGGGUUCCAGUGGUGGGGGCUCUGAGCAGGACACCCUGGCCCCCCUCCCUCCCCCUGCCACCAACCCAUGGCCCCUGGGGGGUCAGCCAUUCCCCUACCCCCCCUUCCCCUCCGCACCUGCAGGCUUCCCUCCGGGCUACUCAGACCCCUGCCACAGUUUCCACAGUGGGAGUGCUGGCAGCCACAACAGUGAGGGAAGCAGAAGCAGUGGAUCCAACCCCAGUGUGGGUACUGGGACAGGGAAGGGCCCUAGCCGACGCUCCUCCCCACAAGAGAAGGGUCACAGAUCCACAUGCAGUGAAUCCGAGCCACCGGGCAUCCUAGGGGCAAGGCGCCCUGGCGAUAGGUCCGCCAGCCAGUUGAGUCAUCACAGCAGCCAUGCCCACUCCAGCAACAGCCACGCCCGCUCGGGUUUCAGCCAUGCCCAGUCUCACAGGAGCCACUGUCACUCACAGAAUAGCCACGCCCACAGCCACGCCUCCUUCACCUACAAACACGCCCCUUUCACCCAGCCUGGGCUUGGCUCAUGUGGCCACAGUGAGCGAAGCCACGCCUCCUCCUACGGCCCCCCCGGCCUGCCCCCCCCAUACUGCCUGGCCCGGCUGGCCCCUAAGACCUCCGUCAGCAACAGCACCCCUCCCGGGGCCCCCCCGGUACGGGAGCUAGGAGCCGUCCCCCCUGAACUCACGGCCAGCCGCCAGUCCUUUCAGCACGCUAUGGGCAAUCCCUGUGAGUUCUUUGUUGACAUCAUGUGACAGACAGGACAGUGCCUUUUAAAAACUCGCUGAGCACAAACAACUCCCCCGUCCAACUGCCUGACACCUCUCCGUCCCGCCUCUCCUUUUCUUCUUUACCUCUCUGCUACUGACUAUCCCUGAGUUGAGAAUGUAGACGCUGGUCCUCUCCCCUCCCUCCCUCUGAUGUCGGAGCAGGGGAAGACAGCAGACUAGAGCACAACAGAACAGAUGAGAGUCAUGCUAUCACACAAACACACAGAGCCUCAGUGUCUGAUCUGAACCCCUGCCAGCUCCUUUGUAUUGACGUGACGUGUACAGUUUGUAAAAUCGAUGUGAGUGGUGUUCAAUGUGGUGAUCCUUGUGAGCUGCCACACAGACAGUCCAGUCCUGAGAGCAUGUACUUACUCUAUGUGGAGUACGACUACCUGCAGUUUGUAGAACCAGACAUCCAGGCCAACUGACUGGGUCUGGAUCUCAAUCCCCCAGACCCACCCAGAGCUCUGGAAGAGGAAAGCCCGCCAGAGGCUCUGGAUUCCCAGCCAGCCUCCUAGCAUGUCACCCUUUACACAAACUUCCACUGUUUAGCCCAUAAUACCAAAACUCCUGCUCUAACUGACUGACCUGCUAUCUUAUCCCGUAUGUAGCUGGUCCCCCUACAUAAUAUGUCAUGGUCUCCCUGCAUACCAGAUAAGAUAGCAUAUCAGUAAUCUAACUAGUCAAAGCUAGCCUCAGCCCAUUUGACAGCCCUUGUAUUUGUCCAAUUUCAUAAGGGAGACACUGUAGCCAGUUGUUAGUUUAAAUUUGGGGGGUAGUGCCUCUUGCCAAUGGUCUAAAUGGAGAAUCCAUACACUGGAGAAUUUUUGUGAUAUUUAUGUGAUCAUGAUGUUGCAUUGAAGGUCAGUGUCAUACCUCUCUCUAUGACACAUAGACAAUCACACAUAGUUUCCCUCUCUGUGACUCAGUGGCCAGGUUAUGGCCACUGUCCUAGAUGUGCUUUGUCCAAUGUCUCAUUAAUAAUGCAGUCAAUUGACCCGUGACCUCCACAACAGAGGUCUACUACCUGAAACAGAACUAAGCUGAUCAUCACCAGUUAAAGACAACAGGGUCGCUGAAGUGGAUGGAUGUCCCCCUCCAGUCAUCAGUGUUGACUGAAACAGAGAUAACCAAAGCUUCACACAGUGAGGUGUGUAGUUCUGUACAGUGUAGGUAUUGUUCUGUGAUAUCACCAGAUGAUUUCUGAUGAAAAAUUCUUCUUGUGAAACAAAUGAAAAGCUGUGUUUGAGUCUACCGACAACACAGAAACGGUGUGGUGCAUAAGACCUUUCUAUCACGCCACUCUCCUAAUUAUUUGAGCACUUUUUCAUUGUCUCGCUCUCUCUCUGGCCCUUUAGUAUGAAACACUGUUUGCAAUCAAAGCUUCGUCCGUCAUUUUGUUUCUUUACAAAAAGAGGAAUAAAUUGUACAUAGAAAUGUAUUAUAUAUAAGAAUAAAAAAAUAUAUAUGUACAAA